AGUGUUUCCAGUCUCAAAAAAUCACUUCGUGGCCAGCAGUAGUCUAGGCGAGAGUCUAUACACAAGUCUUGAUCUUAUUGGGCUGGAAGCCUGUGCUGGAACAUUUGUAUCGUCGAGGAAGUUGUUACGUAACCUUUUUGUGUUCGUUUUAAUUUUAAAAAAAUGAAGGGUUCGAAAACUUCGACAUUUUUCCAAUCUCUUGCGAGUUUUAUGGUUGUGUACUGUUUCUUGACUCUUGACACCCGCACUAUUUUGUCGCCCUUUAUCAAUAACCCCUUGACGCAAAUCAAAGAAAUGUUCCAGCACAUCCUCCACCCCUCGCUGGAGCGCAGCGUGAUCAAAGAACCAGAGUGCUUCAUGACAACACCAGAAAUCAUUGCCUAUCGAGGCUAUCCCAUAGAAAUCCAUCACGUUGUCACCGAUGAUGGGUACAUCCUUGAACUCCAUCGUAUUCCUUUCGGAAAACGGGAAACUCGCUUCGAAAACAGCACAAUUCACAGAAAACCCGUGUUCCUCCAGCACGGCAUGAUGGCCACAGAUCAUUUCUGGCUGUUGAGCGCGUCCAACAAUUCACUAGCCUACAUUCUGGCCGAUCACGGAUAUGACGUAUGGUUGGGAAACAGCAGAGGAAACGUUUAUUCUAGGAAACACGUUUCUCUGAAUCCGGACACUGACAGAGAAUUCUGGAACUAUUCUUGGGAUGAAAUGGGUAAGUAUGACAUCCCUGCCAGCAUCAAUUACGUCUUGAAUGCAACAGGACAAGAAAAAUUGGCCGCCUAUUUCGGAUAUUCGCUGGGCGUUAGCGCGUUUUUCAUGGGCGCCAUCGAGCAUCCGCAAUUGAACGACAAAGUGGAAGUCAUGUUUGGGCUCGGGCCAACUGUCAGUGUUGCCCAUUUAAGUAACUUUUUUCGAUUCAUGGCGCCAUUCGUAAAACCCUAUCAAUUUUUACAGCAGCUGCUGGGAAUUGGUGAGGUCCACAGGAACGACGGUUUUGUACACCAAGUGACUCGUCUCAUCGGAGAGACUUCUCACUUCGGUAUAGAAUUCGGCAGACAUAUUCUCUUCCAGAUAUUCGGCUACUCGGAGCUGUACAAAGAGGCUGACGUCUUUCGGUUGGCGGGACAUUACCCAGCCGGUGGUUCAGCCAAUACCAUGGCCCAUUUCUUUCAAAAUUAUAACUCCGGGGAAUCAUUCCUUUACUUCGACUAUGGACCAGCGGAAAAUUUGGAGCGGUACGGAACGACUUAUCCGCCCGAGUACAAUCUCACCCAAGUGACCGUGCCCGUCUAUUUGGUUCACGCCGACAAUGACCCGUUUGCGCCAAAUGAGGACGUGGCUUGGUUGAUCCCGAGAUUGGGUAACUUGAAAGCCGCUAUUCGGGUGGACAGUCCUACGUUCAGUCACGGAGAUUUUAUAUGGUCACCUCGCCUGGCUGAAUUGGUUCACCUUCCGGUUAUCGAUUUGUUACCGUCACCUUUCGCCUACAAGAAAUCCGUUCAGAUGAAGUAGAAUGCGAAUUACCUCAUAUUGGGAAUCUCUCGAUUGCGAAUUGCUCGUCACCUCGAGAAUUCAGCAGUCGCAUCUAAAUUUCCCCCCAUAUCUCUUGUUGCUUUUACAUACGCGUAUCAAAUUUUAUCAAAUCUAAAUGUUCUGCUUCUCGAGUCUUUAUUAGAAACGUCUAUGUAACAAAGCCAAUCAUAUGAAUGAAAUUAUGCAAUCAAAUCAAAUAAAUUCUGAUUAAAAAUA